AUGUCCGCCUCCGCGCCGGACACGUCCUCCGCCGCCCCCCAACGAAUCACUGCCCGCCACCUGUCCUGGCCGCCGCCCCCGCCGCCAGGCCCGCCGGGGCCCAUCGCGAGCCCGCCCCGGGCCGCCUCGGGCCCGAGCGCCGCGGCCGCGGCCCGCGCCCCGUCUCGCCCCGCGCCGGCGCCCCUCCGCCGCCUCGCCGCCGGUGCGCCGCCGCGCCGACCUCCCCGGAGCCCCUCCGCCGCCGCCUCCUCACCGGUUGCCGGCACUCGCCUCCGCCGGCCUCCGGCGCCGACCCCCCCGCCCUUCGUCGGCCCCGCGCCCGACAUCCGCCGUCCCGCCGGCGAGCUCGCCGCCCCUCGCCCCACGUCUCCGGCCACCGCGCCGCUCGCCGGAGCACCCCGCCGCCGACCUCACCUGGAUCUGGUCAACCGGGACCAGAUCCACCGGUCCGCCCAACCAAACGCGCCUCCCGCAUCUCGGAUCCCUCCGUCCCGCUCGACCUCAUCCCGUUUUUCCCGAGGGUAA